CAUGCAACAAAAAUAACAAUCAUUCAACAAGCAACAGUGUGCAUUUUAUUCCUCACGUCUUGAGUUGUUGAAACAAAGCGACUAUCUGCUAGGACGCUCAUGUUAGCAACGUUAGUGGAGGCUUGAGCAUACCGUGUACCUCAGGGACCUAGUGUGGAUGUUGCACUGGGCUCUUACGUUUCUGCUUGACAUCAGCUGCAUCCCUUCCGCUUCCUCCUGAUCGAGUCGAUUCGAAGAUAAUAAGUGGUCUUGAGACGCCCUCUGAAAGCAGUACUCGCUGGCUUGGUUUGUGAGGAGGGACCGUGAUCAGUGUCGGCAGACAUGUUUCACGCACCGAAGGCGAAGAAGAACCCCAACACCUGGGAUCCACCGUUCAUGCCGCCCAUCAUCCACAACAUCGCUCACAAAGACGAGAUCUGGAAGGCUCAUAUUCGGGAUUCGGAUCGACUGCAAAGCCGGUGGCCGGACACAUGGGGCUUCCUGAGCAUUGAGUAUAAGAAAAUAUCAUAUGCAACUGAUGAGGCCAGGAGAAAGGUGCUGGCCGAUCACGUAGCCAAAAAUCCAAGUGAUGUGGUCAGACUCCAUGAGCUCGAGCGCCAGAGGGCCCAGUGCGCACGGAAUGCUCACGAGCUCGAGAAACUGGAGCGCUGGGCAAGGGAGGGCACGCCGCCGGUUGGCCGAAGCUUUUGGGGCACGCAGCUGCCACCGAUUGUCCAGCCAGACGGCGUGAAGACCAAGAGCUCUUUUGUCACACCAGGCGUGCCUCUCAUUAGGAGCAAGGAGCUGGGAUGGCGUGGAACACGUGUUAACCUGCACCAGUACGAGAGGGCUAGUGACAAGCAUCCUAUCGGUGACAUCAACAAACAGCUGGGAUGGCCCAAGGGAGGUUGCUACAGAGAUGUGUAGAACUACUAAAACACCGAGUACAUGUACAUAACGAAACGUCUCCGUUGAGUUUCUGCCACUGAUGAUUGAUGCUAUGGCACCGGCAUAAUUAUAUCUAUUUCUAUAACAAACUAACUUCCGGAUGGGUUGUAAUCAUUGCUUUUUCCAUACACAUGCCACCUAUAUCCUAUAAUUCUCAGUGUUUCUCACCCUCAGUUACACAGGCUACUGAACCUCUCCAGUGCUCAACUCAAUACCUCAUGAUAGCAGUAUCAGUUCAUGUACUUGUACUUGUAUAAUCGGAGGAAGAAACAAUGAACAAUGCCAUUUUCAAUACAU